AUGGCCGCCACAAAGGUACCCCUCAGCCUCUUGCUGGUCGAGUUGACCAUCGCCCUCAUGGCCGUCAUCCUCUUUGGCCUCGCGUACCCGGAUCGCUUCAGAUCGAGACUCUGGGAGAACGGCGGAGAGGAAGGAUGGAACUCGAAUCCCAACACGCGCAUCUACUUUUACGCCAACCAUCGAGAGCCCCCCGAGGUUCCCUACCUCUGGCAGCAAAGACUGACAGAGUCCAACCUUGGCAUCGCUAUACUCGGCUUGUUCGUUUUUUUCGCCCGCGCACUCUUGUCUUAUGUCGAUUACCUCUCUCGAUACAUCAGCGCCUUCUACGACCUCCUCCUCUUGUGGCUUUGGAGCCUGAGCCUCGCGAACCAGGCUUCUGGCGACCUAUCCGACCCUGAACAUCCGAGCCCACGACCAUGGUACCUCACUCGCAGCUGCUCUUUCGCCUGGGAUAAGAACCGAGGAUACUGCCGCAUCGCACAGGCGAGCUUUGCCGUGUCCAUCUUGGCGGCUGUGCUCUAUGGGGCGAGAUUGCUGCGAGAGGCUAUGCUGGUGGCGUAUGAGAGAGGAAGGAAGCACGAGCAACAGCUGUCGGUUCAAGAUUUCGAUGAAGAAAUGGGAAACAAGUACACGGAUAAUGAUCGCGAGAUUGCCGUGGGUUUGACGGUUGAACAGGCGAGCUGGCAGGACCAGGCUCUAAGCCCAGUGUUGGCAUUCUUUCCGUCGGGUCAUGAUCGCUGA